GAUGUCGCCAAUCAAACAGCUGCCGCCUUUGCUGACCAUGCUCGUGGUUGGCUUCGCCUUGGGCAACCUCCCCUUCCUGGGAGAGCAUGUGGGCCGUCAGGUGGAUUCCAACUGGUCCGCUGCCAUCAGGCAGUCUGCCCUUGUUCUCAUCCUCCUCCGCGCGGGCAUGGCCCUGGACAUCAACGCUUUGAAGCGUCUUCGUUUCGUG